AUGUGGCAUGCUCUUGCUAAGCAGCAGCAGCAGCAGCAGCAGCAGCAGCAGCAGCAGCCGCCAGCAGCUCUUCCUGCACUACACCUAGCAGUCGUGGCCGGGGACUGGGCCAGAGGCACGCAGCAGCUGAAUUACAUCACGUCCAGUUCGCCACCUAUGGACAGUAAACUACCGUCCGCAAACACUCAAGAGACCGCCACGGCUGCACGCUACCACAGACAACAGACAAGGCCAGUGCCUGACACAUCUGUGAAGUGGCAGCAGCAGCAGCAGCAGGAGAUAUCAAGCCAGCAUGUAGACACGCCCCCUGAUGCAGCUCCCGACAUAUUGGAGCGGAAAUCAAGUACAUUUCAGCAGCAGAAAGAAGCAGAAAUCUGGGGUGCUACAUGUAUCUUCCCACAGAAGGAUGUAUAUGAUUCUGUGAUCUUCUGA